UCCUGACGUGCCUGGUGGUAUCGCGUCCUGACUCUCCCCCCCGUCAUGGCUCUGUCACUGUGGUUCCUGUUUGUGUCUGUCACCACCCUAACUCACGUUGCCCCCUCUGGCCAAGCGAUGUCCAGAGCUGCGAUUCCCUUCGGCAUCCUGAGGAGGGAGCUAGCGUGUGAGGGCUACCCUAUCGAGCUGCGUUGUCCAGGAAGUGACGUCAUAAUGAUUGAGACGGCAAACUACGGACGCACGGACGAUAAGAUCUGUGACGCGGACCAAUUUCAGAUGGAGAACACACAGUGUUACCUCCCAGACGCACUCAAGAUCAUGGCCCAGAGGUGUAACAACAGGACCCAGUGUGUAGUGAUAGCAGGAGUAGAUGUGUUUCCAGACCCCUGUCCUGGUACAUACAAAUACCUGGAGAUACAGUAUGAAUGUGUUCCUUACAAAGUGGACCAAAAAGUCUUUGUGUGUCCUGGUUCUCUCCUGAGCGUUCAACCGGCUACUUCCUUAUUGGAGGCGGAGCAUCAAUCUGGGGCGUGGUGUAAGGACCCGUUGCAGGCUGCUGAUAGGCUGUAUGUCAUGCCCUGGACACCCUAUAGGACGGAAGUUCUGUAUGAGUAUGCUUCAUGGGACGACUACAGGCAGAACAGAGUCACCACCACUUACAAGCUGCCGAACCGCGUCGACGGUACAGGCUUCGUGGUCUAUGAUGGAGCCGUGUUCUACAACAAGGAACGCACGCGCAACCUGGUCAAGUACGACCUCCGCACGCGCAUUAAGAGUGGCGAGGCGGUGGUGUUGAACGCUAACUAUCACGACACUUCUCCGUAUCGGUGGGGCGGGAAGAGCGAUAUCGACCUCGCUGUGGAUGAGAACGGACUGUGGGUCAUCUACUCAACUGAAGCCAACAAUGGACGUAUAGUUGUCAGUCAGGUAAACCCUUACACCCUACGUUUCGAGGGCACGUGGGCGACCAGCUUCGACAAGCGCGGGGCGAGCAACGCCUUCAUGGCGUGCGGCGUGCUGUACGCGGUGCGCUCCGUCUUCCAAGACGACGAGGGACAGACAGACAGAGGAGGAGGAGGUGGAGGGGAUAUGGUGUUAUAUGCGUUUGACACCAGUAGAGGGCGAGAGGUGCCGGUCCAGAUCCCCUUCCCUAACCCCUACCAGUAUAUAUCAUCUAUAGACUACAACCCACGGGACAACCAGCUGUAUGUGUGGAAUAACUACUACGUGCUGAGAUACCCUCUGCAGUUCAGACCGCCCCAGCCUACCAAAGGUCCUCUCUCAUCUCUAAUGACUACAGUGGGGUCCUACACAGCCACCGUAGCGCUGACCCCAGUACGACCUUCAGCCUCCAAUCCCAUCGGGGUCAUCAACCGGAGUCCGGACUUGCGGCCAAUCACGGCCAUGGUCCCGCUGACCCCCCACCCCCCCCACCGUGCCCCCAUCGCCCCGGGGGGGUCCUACGGGGGGCAGGUUGGGGUGUGUGAGGGGAGGGUGACCAGAGGGGUACAGUGGCCCCCUACACCUAAAGGAGAGAUGGUGGAGAGACCAUGUCCCAAAGGAUCACUGGGUAUAGCAUCGUACCAGUGUGUGUUGUCCCCGGUAACUUGGAACUCCAGAGGGCCUGACCUCAGUAACUGUACCUCUCCCUGGGUCAGUCAGAUAGCACAGAAGAUAAAGAGUGGGGAGAAUGCAGCUAACAUCGCUGGUGAGUUAGUAAACCUGACGAGGGGGCGGGUCUACGCCGGUGAUGUCAGCAUGUCAGUCAAACUUCUAGAGCAGCUGUUGGACAUCCUGGAUUCUCAGCUUCAGGCCCUACGACCAGCCAACAAGGAGUCUGCUGCACGCAACUACAACAAGUUGCAGAAGAGGGAACGCACCUGUAGAGCUUAUGUCCAGGCGGUGGUUCAGGUAGUUGAUAACCUGUUGGGCCCUGAAGCUCUAGUCUCCUGGGCUGAUAUGAGGACCACUGACCAAUCACGCUCUGCCUCGCUGCUAUUGGACGCCAUGGAGAAAGGAGCCUUUCUAUUGGCUAACAACAUCUACGAGGGGCGAUUCAGCGACAGAGCGCCCAAUGUCGAUCUAGAGGUGUAUGUAUUGAACACAGAGGCAGAUCUACAGGACCUGACGUUCCCUCACUCCUAUGACAGUGACAGUGUUCUACAGCUCUCAACUGCUACUCUACAGCAGUACAGCAGCAAUGGUCAGGUGAAGAUAGUUCUAUCUCUGUAUAAGAACCUUGGAUCCUUCCUGACCACUAACAACUCCUCGUUGAGGUUGGAGGCGGGGUUUGUGAUUGGCGGUGGCAGGAGCUUGGCGGUGAAUUCUCACGUGAUCUCGGCUUCUGUCAACAAAGGUUCCAACCGAGUAUUCCUCUCUGAACCGGUCGUCUUCACUCUGCGACACCUACAGGUGGAGAACCACUUCAGCCCCAACUGUUCGUUCUGGAACUCCACGGGGUCGGGGGGUCAGCAUCGGGGUCGUCAGGGUCGUUGGUCGUCCCAGGGUUGUAAACGGAUACACACCAACAACACACACACCACAUGCGCCUGUAACCAUCUGUCAACCUACGCUGUCCUGAUGACCUACCACCAACCUGCUUCUGUAGAUGGUAUACAGGAGGUUCUGGUCUACGUAGUGUCCUGGGUAGGUAUAUCCGUAGCCCUGGUGUGCCUUGCAGCCUGCAGUACCUUACUGUGCUGCCAGGGGGCGCCACAGUCGGACCACAGCACCAUACACAGGAAUCUGUGGGGCAACCUCUUCAUCACCGAACUCAUCUUCCUCAUUGGGGUGGAUAAGACACAGUACAGCGUAGCGUGUCCAGUCUUUGCAGGUCUGCUCCAUUUCUCCCUGCUCUCUGUGUUCUGUUGGUUAUGCCUGGAGGCAGUGGAACUCUACUUACUGCAGGGGGAGCUCUUUGAAGGACGGUCCUCUAGGAGGAAGUACUUCUAUCUCUGCGGCUACUUCCUGCCAGGGGUGGUCGUGGCCGUCUCCGCCGCCAUCGACUACAGGGGCUACGGCACCCGGACCGUGUGUUGGCUGCAGAUGGACAACUACUUCAUCUGGAGUUUCCUGGGUCCUGUAUCUGUCAUUAUAAUGCUGAACCUGGUUGUCUUGGUGAUGACUCUUCACAAGAUGGUGCACAACUCCUCCGCCCUCAAACCCGACUCCAGUCGUCACGACAACCUCAGAGCGUGGACUGUGGGUUCGCUCACCCUCCUCUUCCUCCUGGUGGUGACCUGGUCUCUGGGGCUCGUCUUCCUCUCAUCUCCCUCUCUCCUCCUCUCCUACCUCUUCUCCUCCCUUAACACGGCCCAGGCUCUGCUCAUCACAAUACUGUUCUGUACACUCACUAGGAAGGGCCAUAAGGACUAUGGGAAGUGUGUGCGUCACUCCCAGUGCUGUGACUGUUCCUCCACCACCAGUUCACCUGGCUCUGUGAAGGGCGCCACCCUACGGGCCAACAACCGCUACUGCAGUACCAACCAGGCACGCAGGGCUACUGCUAACAGACAGAGUCGCAUUAGGAGGAUGUGGAACGAUACAGUGCGCAGACAGACUGAGUCUUCCUUCAUAGCUGCUGAUGUCAACACCACACCUACACUCAACAGAGCUGGCCUGGGUAACCAUUUCCUGACUAACCCAGUGUUACAGACUCACCCUAGAGUCUCUCCUUAUGACAGCCUACUGGCUCAGGGCUACAGCCAGCCCUCCCCUGGCCUCUUCACCUCUACUGGGACCUUCAGAGACAUACAGAAAGGUGACGUCCUGUCCCAGAGCCAGGAGAUGGAGAGUGUUUGUCUGAACGGAGGCUACAGCACCAACAGCUUCACCCUGCAGGGUCUGGGUGGGGGUGGUGGGGGGCCUCGGUCCGGGGUGGUUGGCAGCACAGACCUCCUCAGGGAGGGAGGAGGGGGGGGGGAGGACGCCUCCCCCGCCCCCCUCACCCCCCACGCCGCCGUGGGUCUGGGGGUGGAGCCUCACGGAGGCGGAAUGCGGAGGAACCUAUCGGACGCGACGGUCCUGGAGAACAUGAUCAUCUCAGAGCUGGUUCAGAGCAACUUGAGGCCGGCUGCAGCCGCGGAGCGCUACGGCAGCCUGGCACGCCCCCUGGACCGACUGACACGCCCACAGCCCUCCGCCCACGAGAGUUGGACGGUAGCUCGGGUGUCGACGCACACACAUGACCAAGAUCCGACACACGCGCACACGCACCAGGACGGCUGGACACACACACCUCGUCCUCUGCAGGACGUGCCGACACACACACCUCGUCCUCUGCAGGACUUGCCGACACACACACCUCGUCCUCUGCAGGACGUGCCGACACACACACCUCGUCCUCUGCAGGACUUGCCGACACACACACCUCGUCCUCUGCAGGACGUGCCGACACACACACCUCGUCCUCUGCAGGACUUGCCGACACACACACCUCGUCCUCUGCAGGACUUGCCGACACGCACACGCCAGGAGGAGAGCAACAGGAGCCAGCUGCAGCUGGGGGGCGGGACCCUCUCCCGUAGACUCCUCCUCCAGGACAGACAGACACGCCCCCAGGAGGCGUCGCUGCAGAUGCAGACCGCACGCCCGCAUUCCACGUUGUCGCGGCAACAGCAGCAGGGCGGAGGGGGAACGCUGUCCCGUCACCGCAGCGGGGGUGUUGAGCUGGGUGGUGCGGGGGGUUCGGAGAGGGACCGUUACCGGGAUAGGCCGCUUCCUCCUCCCCCUCCUCCUCCGCCUCUGGAGACAGAACCCCUGUAUAAAGCCCUGGAGGAUCCCCUUCUCUAUGACCCCAGGGAUGGAGGGGUGGAGGGGUGGAAGGAAAGAGGGGUGGAGAGAAGAGUGGAGGGGAAGGAGAGAGGGAAAGAGGAUUCUCUUCUCUAUGACCAGAGAAACGGAGGGAUGGAGGGGUGGAAGGAGAGAGGGAUGGAGAGAGAGAAGGAGGAGCAGUUCCUAAAUGACCAGAGAGAUGGAGGGAUGGAGGGGUGGAACAGAGGGAAGGAGAGGAGAUUGGAGGAAGGGAGCACUCAGUCCGUCCGUUACCUUAGCGACCCGGAUGACCCUGACAGCUAUGACCCCGUGACCCCUGACCUUGAUCCUGACUCCUCCCCCAUCUACACCCAGGAUUCUAACCCCUCCCCCGUCUUCACCCACAACCGAAACGCACCCCCAAAUAUUUACACCCCAAAUUCACCACCAAGUAUAUACACCCGAAACGACCCCCUCCCAAAUGUCUACACCCGAAAUUCUCCCCCGAACAUCUACACUCGAAGCGACUCUCCCCAGCUCUACACCCGAAACUCACCCCCUCCACCACGAUUCUACAGCCGUGAAUCUCCGCCCCUACUCCUGUCGUCCUAUCCUGACAGCAGCCCCGAAGGUCAACCAGAGGUUAGCCCCACCCCUCGACCCCACCGACCCCCUCUGGAAGUCCCCUACAGCCUGGGACGACCCCCUCUGGGCCCCAGGCCUAAUCACAUGCAGACUUUCUACCAGCCCCCAGCCCUCACACCCCUCACGGCUAAUGGGGAGUUGGUUUACACAGAGCCCGCCAGCGAGGACGAUGAGGGACAGAUGCAACGGGUGACGAGUCUGUGACUAGGGCGGUGGUGAUCUGGAGGAGGAAGAGGAGGAGGAGGAGGAGGAAGAAGAAGAAGACAGUUGUUGCAGUCAUGAUAUUAAUUAUCAUAAUCAUUGAUAAAGACCAUUAUAAUGUGCGCCAACCAAUCUCGUCUCUCCUAGAGAUCUGGAACGUUCCCAGACUCCGCCCCCAGGCCCCUCCCCUCUACAGACUGUCGGGUGACGGAACACGUUGUUGCCUUCCUUCUACGUCGUCACGGCAACAGAACAAUGAGCUCGGAACUCUAUAGAAUGGAGGUGAUUCUAACCCGGAACUCUCCUACUGUAAACAACACCUACAUAAUGAGGACGCUCGUCCAUUGUACAUAGAUCCACCUGUGCUCUGACUUGUCUUGUAUUGCUACUGAAGUUAACCCCAGUUAAACUGUGUAACCAAACCUUUGCCGGUGUACCUUCCUGUUGUACGUGUCUUUCUUCUACUCUCAUUGCUGUCGUCUCUUCCUACCAGCACCGCUUCUGCUGAUGGCUUCUGAACUGGGGAGACUUUUCACAUGUGAUGACUGUGAUCUGUGGUUGUUUCAUCUAGUUUAAUGCCCUGACUGUAAGUCUCUCUGGAUAAGAGUCUGCUAAAUGACCAAAAUGUACAUGUUUAAUGUUGUCUGUCUGUCUGUCUGUCUGUCUGUCUGUCUGUCUGUCUGUCUGUCUGUCUGUCUGUCUGUCUGUCUGUCUGUCUGUCUGUCUGUCUGUCUGUCUGUGUCUGUCUGUCUCUGUCUGUCUGUCUGUCUGUCUGUCUGUCUGUCUGUCUGUCUGUCUGUCUGUCUGUCUGUCUGUCUGUCUGACUGACUGGUAUAGAAUGUGGUGUUACUCUGAAAGAACCAAACACGACACACCAGUUAAAAAGUCAACAUAGGAUUUCAUAGUUAGUGGUUAUCCUAGUUACAGACUGUACAGUAGACUCACACACACACACACACACACACACACACACACACACACACACACACACACACA